CGGCUCCCGGGGAAAGGCGGGACGGGCGCGGGCGGGGUAAGAUGGCGGCGGGGGGCGCGGCGGAUGCCCAGGCGCGCUUUGGCCACUCGGUGAAGGGGCUCCUGACCGAGAAGGUGACGAGCUGCGGCACCGACGUGAUCGCUCUCACUAAGCAGGUGCUGAAGGGCUCUCGUAGCGCCGAGCUGCUGGGUCAAGCUGCCAGAAACAUGGUGAUGCAAGAAGAUGCCAUCUUGCACUCGGAAGAUGUAAGCUGUGUUGUUGUGCUGGAGCAGCAGCGUUUCUGGGGACGGGAGGAGAGGAGGGUGGUAGGAACGGUUUGCAGCCGUGCUACAAUUGCUCCCGGAGCCCUGGAGUCAGAUACAUUACUUCAGGCAGCAGGGCUGGUGGCCAGAAUAACUUAGUGCUUCCUCAGACCCGUGCUGCUGGACUCCUGGUGUCCUGCAGGCCUGCCAGCCCUCAAGCUGUGCCCUCUCUGACAGAAAGCUUGAGGAACUGUGGGCUGAAAUAAAGCACUUGUGUCUCUGCCUGUCCCUGG